AUGGAAUUUAUGCAUAGGAGGAAAGUGGCUAUAUCCUUACUAUUAUUCGCUAUCCUCCUUGCCCUUAACAUCACUAGUCUAGAAGGAGUAAAAGCCAAACCAGAAAGAAGAAUAUUAAUUGAGAUAGACAAUGAUUCAGAAGCUAGGAAAAAGCAAUCAGAUGAUACAGUGAGAAUAGACCCUUUGGACAAUUUCAAGAAAUACAGAGGAGGAUUUGACAUUACAAAUAAACACUAUUGGAGUUCCACCAUCUUUACAGGUAUAUAUGGCUAUGCCAUUGCAGUAGUGUGGCUCUUCUGUGGCUUAGGAUAUGGACUAUAUCUUCUAGCCUCUACCUGCUGCGGCAAAAGGAAGAACAUGAAGCUUAAGAAGAGAUCAACUUGUUAUUAUCAGCACUGUUAUCUCUGGCUUAUUUUCUCAGCUGUUUUCUUGACAAUUUUAGCAAUAACAGCUACAGGCCUGGUACUAGGAGGGAAUGCGAAACUACGUUCAAGAACAGAUAGAGUUGUGAACAUUAUCAUUGAUACAGCAGAUGGGGCAUCAGAGACUAUAUAUACUACUACCGGAGCCUUGAGAGAUAUGAAUACUGACUUAGAAGAUACUGAUAUAGGUGAUGAGGCUGCUAAUUUCCUCAUUCCCACUUCCCAAAGUCUUGACAGACAGGCUGCUGAUAUACAUCGGGGAGCCACAAAAAAUAGGCGUUUAGUCGAGAAAGGCGUUGAGAUACUGUACAUAGUAACUACACUGACUAUUUCUCUCAACUUGGCUGCUGCAAUUUCUCUAACAUUAUUUGGAAUCCUCAAAUUUAGAAGAAAUUUUCACCUCUUUGCUAGAGAUGCAUGCACAGCUCUAGAAAGUUUCCAGAUAAAUCCCUACAAUAAUAGCUUGAGUUCAAUCCUCCCCUGUGAUGAAUUGCUCUCAGCACAAUCAAUCUUAUAUGCUGCCAGUGAAGGGAUUCAUCGAGUAGUGAACAAGGUAAAUCAGGAGCUAUCUACAAAUUAUGGAAAUGUUGCACAAAUUUGCAAUCCAUUCUCCGGUCCACCAGACUAUAACUACGAGCCAGAUCAGAACUGUCCAUCUAGCGCGAUCAGGAUAGGAGAGCUCCCUGGGAUAAUCAAGAUGUUGACUUGCACUGAUCCAAGCUGCAAGGGAGGAGUCUUGAUCCCAUAUAGGAUCUUCAACAACAUUGAGUCAUACAUAACUGCUCUCAAAAAGAUACUGGAUGUGUACCCUGGAAUUGAAAGCCUAGCAGAAUGUAACACAGUGUACAGUUCAUUUUCAGAUAUACUUGACAAACAUUGCAAACCAUUAAAGAAAAACGCGCAUAUGACAUGGGCAGGACUUGUUUUGCUGUCACUAGUAAUGGUCGCGUUAGUCCUCGUAUGGACAUUCGAGGCAAACCAUGAAAAGGAUCAUCACAACUUUGAUAGUUCUAUCAAGCCUCAUUCUGCAGCAGUAGAUAUGCUAGAAUUAAGCACAGUUAAAGAAGCCAGGACUGACUCAAAAAUCAUAGUUCAGUUAGGGAAAUAG